ACUACACCUAAUAUUAGAGUCAAUAUUGCAUCUACUGGAACACAACUCGGCACACCUUAUGGGGAUUCAGGUCAUGAGGGACCCUCUACAUCACAUCGAGAAGAGGGUCUGACUAUUGUGACACCAUCUAUGGUGGACACUACCAUUAGGAUAGGUUAUCCUCAUAAUUUUGACCAGAGCCAAUUUGAAUGCACAUCGACAUCCUUUGAGGAGUUAGCUAGCACUACAUUUGGUGUUGAUACUGCACAAGAUACUGCUAGAGGAGAUACUGCAAGAGGAUCUGAUGAGCAUAUGCAUGAGAUAGGUGGAUCUGGACCACAUCCCGGGGACAAGAGAGAUACUGCUAGAGGAUCUGAUGAGCAUAUGCAUGAGACAGGUGGAUCUGGACCACGUCCCGGGGACAAGAGAGAUACUGCUAGAGGAUCUGAUGAGCAUAUGCAUGAGACAGGUGGAUCUGGACCACGUCCCGGGGACAAGAGAGAUACUUCUAGAGGAUCUGAUGAGCAUAUGCAUGAGACAGGUGGAUCUGGACCACGUCCCGGGGACAAGAGAGAUACUACUAGAGGAUCUGAUGAGCAUAUGCAUGAGACAGGUGGAUCUGGACCACGUCCCGGGGACAAGAGACCACGAGAUGUUAUUGAUGAUAGCACUUAGAUUUUACUGUUUAUUUGGCUUUGAUAUGUACUUUUUUAUGGACUUUACACAUUUGUUUACACAUGCACAUACUUUAUAUAUAUGGAUAGUUGCAUAAUAGGAUUAGAUCAUAUAUAUUUUGUGCAUACUUUAUAUAUUUUGUGCACAUUAGAUAUUAU